UUCUUUUGUCUUGCGGUGUCGUGUUUGACGUGUGUUGUGAUUCUUUGUAAAUCACUUUUAUUAUUGCUAGUAAUUAGAGUACCAAUCCUUAUUGUUUCCCAAAGUCAACGCUUGAGCAGGUGCAACACUAAAUACAAUUCAAAUUAUGCCAGCAACGUAUCGAAAGCGAAAUCCUCCUUUUCUCCUCGUACGCACACACCCGUGAGGAAGAGGAAGGUUUUUUUGUUUUUUUAGGAAGUUGUUCAAUUUCGUGGCCACAUUCAAAAAAAAUUGUGACCACAAAAUAGGUGCAGUGUACUGGUGAAAUGCCAUAUUACUCAGCAUUCCCAAGAACAAUUUGGAUGAUAUAAAUAGUAUUCGUGAGUAUUUAUGUCCUCAGAUUAUACCUAAAUUGUGGCACAAUGACACGACUGAGCUGUUUGGGGCCACAAAGUCAAUGUAUUUCCACUGUCACGCGUGGAGCUCAUUAAUUGUGUGAUAUUAUUUUAGGUUGCGUGUGUGCGUUGAGGGUGCUGUAUAGAUCUGGUGGCUGGCAAAAAGAGGAAAUACGAGCGAAGGUUCGAGACGAGAAAGUCAUUCACAUGUUCACCGCCAUAUGAAUAAAUAAAUAAAUAGCUGAAUUAUAAAAUAAAAACGUGAAGAAAAGAAUACACAUAAGUGAAGCAUGUAUAAAUAAAAAUGUAUAGAUAAAAAAAACUAAAGGAACCACAAAGAUAAAAAAAAGACAGACAAAAGAGCCAAAGAAAGAAAUGAGGAACUUAAUAGAAGGAAUUAAAGCGGUGAAAGAAAAUAAAUGAAUUCAGAACAUCAAAUACAAGUAAAUAAAACAAAGUACAGAAUGUUAUGACUAUUGUGCAGAAAGAAAGACAAUGAAACAAUAAGUGAAAAGAAAGUAAAGGAAGAAAUACAUCAAAUAAAUAGCAAGAGUUAAACCUCUUUUGAAAAUCUAAAAAAAAUAGAAAAGAAAGACAGACAGAUAAAAAAAAGAUAAAUGACAUUAGAAAAGAAAGAAUCGAACGAAGAACAAGAAAGACAAAAAUGUAACGAAAGACGUAAAUGAGGUCAAGCGGAACAUUGGUCGUGGUGUCUUUAGUUUCUGAACGGACCACUUCGCGCGCGGGACUCAAUCGGUUGACAUUGCAGCAGUUCGCUCCAGUUAGUUGCCGAUCGACGCCAAGGUUGGCCCCCUCCCCGCUCCCUCACCCGGGGUUUCGGUGGAGCUGUGCGGGUCAUGUGGGCCGUGUGGCUCGCCUCCCGGCGGCCGCUGCAGUCCGCCGUCAAAAGGGUCGGAACCGAACUCUUCCGACACAAGGUCUCCCAGCAGGUGUCGGCCACCGGGAGGCCAUGUGCCAUGACAACAGCUUGCCAGCGGACGCUACACUUGGGCACACAGGUGCACAAUGUGAAGGAGACGCCGGCGCCCACGGAAGAGGAAGUUGGCGGUUUCACCAAGCUGGUUGAGGCCAUGGGCUUCACCGGACCCCUCAAGUAUAACAAAUGGAAAAUCAAGAUUGCGGCACUGCGCAUGUACACGUGCUGCGUGGAGAGGAUCAGCUACGACGACUUCUUCAGCAGGUGCUCGCUGCCCGACACGCUCAACUCCUGGUUCCUCGUCGCACAGCUGCACGUGUGGAUGUGCCUGGUGCGGAUGCGCCAGGAGGGCCGCGCCGGCAAAUACAUGUGUCGCUACAUCGUGCACUCCAUGUGGGAGGACGUGGAGCAGCGCAGCAAAAUCAUGGGGAUCGACGCCAUCCAUCGAAAGGAAGCCCUCAAAGCCAUGACUGAGACGUUCUACGCUGCCUUGUUUGGAUACGACGAGGGCAUCCUGUCGGGUGACAGCAUCCUGGCGGCCGCUUUGUGGAGAAACUUGUUCAACUGCCAGUGUGACGACCCCGCCCAGCUGGAGCUCCUGGUGGAGUACGUACGCAAGCAGAUGCAGUUCAUCGACACUUUGGACGGCGAAGACUUGCUCCUGACUGGCGAAGUCAAGUGGCGCCCUCUACUGGAGGAGAAUGCUCAGAGCAUCCUGAAAGUGGCCACGCCUACGUACAAUGACGCAGGACUGUGACUUCCUUACUCCUGUCACCUUGUAGAUGUCUCGUUUCCGGUAUGCGCUUCCAGCCACGCGGGGGCGCCGUCGCUCUGAUGUCUUUUUCUUCCCGAGUUGAGGAUUUUUCCACAUUUUGUCUUUCUUACCCUUCCUGAGGAAUGUCUAUGCAUCAAGUCAAAUAAAGAGCCCGAAUGCCAAUGGACCGGGGGUCCUACGGUUCCCUGAAAAAUCAA